AGGACCGCGGCGGCCUCGGAGCGGGUCUGGGGGCGCCAUGGGGCGCGGGAGCGGCACCUUCGAGCGUCUGCUAGACAAAGCGACCAGCCAGCUCCUGCUGGAGACCGACUGGGAGUCCAUCCUCCAGAUCUGCGACCUCAUCCGCCAGGGGGACACGCAGGCGAAAUAUGCCGUGAGCUCCAUCAAGAAGAAGGUCAACGACAAGAACCCCCACGUGGCCUUGUACGCCUUGGAGGUCAUGGAGUCAGUGGUGAAGAACUGCGGGCAGACGGUGCACGACGAGGUGGCCAACAAGCAGACCAUGGAGGAGCUGAAAGAGCUGCUGAAGCGGCAGGUGGAGGUGAGCGUGCGCAACAAGGUCCUGUACCUGAUCCAGGCCUGGGCACACGCUUUCCGAAACGAGCCCAGGUACAAGGUGGUCCAGGACACCUACCAGAUCAUGAAGGUAGAAGGACACGUCUUCCCGGAGUUCAAGGAGAGCGACGCCAUGUUCGCCGCGGAGAGGGCCCCCGACUGGGUGGACGCUGAGGAGUGCCACCGCUGCAGGGUGCAGUUCGGGGUGGUGACGCGCAAGCACCACUGCCGGGCCUGUGGGCAGAUCUUCUGCGGGAAGUGCUCCUCUAAGUGCUCCACCAUCCCCAAGUUUGGCAUCGAGAAGGAGGUUCGCGUGUGCGAGCCCUGCUACGAGCAGCUGAACAGGAAAGCAGAAGGGAAGGCCGCCUCGACCACCGAGCUGCCCCCGGAGUACCUGACCAGCCCUCUGUCUCAGCAGUCCCAGCUACCCCCCAAGAGGGACGAGACGGCCCUGCAGGAGGAAGAGGAGCUGCAGCUGGCACUGGCCCUGUCACAAUCCGAGGCCGAGGAGAAGGAGAGGCUGAGACAGAAGUCAGCGUAUGCCACGUACCCGAAGGCAGAGCCCACACCUGCAGCCUCGUCAGCACCCCCCGCCAGCAGCCUCUACUCCUCGCCCGUGAACUCAUCAGCGCCUUUGGCUGAGGACAUCGACCCUGAGCUCGCACGGUACCUGAACCGCAACUACUGGGAGAAGAAGCAGGAGGAGGCCCGCAGGAGCCCCACGCCAUCCGCGCCCGCACCCCUGGCAGAGCCCCCCGCCCAGCCCGGGGAAGGACAUGCCGCCCCGGCCACCGUGCUAGAGACGCCCCUCCCGGAGACGGACGCGCAGCCCAUGGCCCCUCCCAGCGGCCCCUUUGGUGAGAACGGGGAGUCGGAGGAGAGCCACGCGCGCUUCCUGCGGGCGCUGCAGAACGCCGUCACCACCUUCGUCAACCGCGUGCGCAGCAACCACGUGCGCGGCCGCAGCAUCACCAACGACUCGGCCGUGCUCUCGCUGUUCCAGUCCAUCAACGGCAUGCACCCGCGGCUGCUGGAGCUGCUCAACCAACUGGACGAGCGCAGGCUGUACUAUGAGGGGCUGCAGGACAAGCUGGCGCAGAUCCGCGAUGCCCGGGGGGCGCUGAGUGCCCUGCGGGAGGAGCACCGGGAGAAGCUGCGCCGUGCAGCCGAGGAGGCUGAGCGCCAGCGCCAGAUCCAGCUGGCUCAGAAGCUAGAGAUCAUGCGGCAGAAGAAGCAGGAGUACCUGGAGGUGCAGCGGCAGCUGGCCAUCCAGCGCCUGCAGGAGCAGGAGAAGGAGCGGCAGAUGCGCCUGGAGCAGCAGAAGCAGACCAUCCAGAUGCGCGCCCAGAUGCCUGCCUUUGCCCUGCCCUACGCCCAGCUGCAGGCCAUGCCCGCGGCAGGCGGCGUGCUCUACCAGCCCUCGGGCCCGGCCAGCUUCCCGGGCACCUUCAGCCCCGCCAGCUCGGUGGAGGGCUCCCCCAUGCACACCAUGUACAUGAGCCAGCCCGCCCCGGCCGCCGGCGGUCCCUACCCCAGCAUGCCUGGCACCGGAGCAGACCCCGGCAUCGUAGGCACCUACAUGUAUCCAGCAGGGCCCGCGGGCGCCCAGUCCACGCCCCAGGGACCAGCCGGGCCCACGGCCAGCCCAGCCUACUCGUCCUACCAGCCCACUCCCACGCAGGGCUACCAGGGUGUGGCCUCACAGGCCCCGCAGAGCCUCCCCGCCGUGCCCCAGCCCCCACAGCCUGGCGCCACGGCCUAUAUGGGCAGCCAGUCGGUCUCCAUGGGCUACCAGCCUUACAGCAUGCAGAAUCUCAUGACCACCCUUCCCAGCCAGGACGCGCCCCUAGCACCCCCGCAGCAGCCCUACAUCUCGGGGCAGCAGCCCAUGUACCAACAGAUGGCCCCCCCGGGUGGUCCUCCCCAGCAGCAGCCCCCGGUUGCCCAGCAGCCACCGGCACAGGGACCCCCAGUGCAGGGCAGCGAAGCCCAGCUCAUCUCCUUCGACUGACCUCCAGGGACCUCGGCCUCAGUAACACUACCGCCCCUAACCAGCCCUGCCCUGCCCCCGCCUGCUGUGCUGCCCCCGCUGCCGGCCGUCCUGGCCCCCCGUCUCCCUGCCUGUGUCCGAGUUCUGCCUUCCUUCCCCAGGGCUGGGCCUCAGGGAGGACCCCGGGAGGGACGGGCCUCCUGGACCAGGGGGCCCAAGCCCGGGCGUCAGGCCUAGCCACGCGCCCCCACGAGGCUGCGGGGCUGGUGGUCGGGCCAGCGCCCCCCUAUCCGUGGGUGGGGGUCCCGGCCUCCCAGCGGGGCUGUCUCCAGCGUGUCUGCUCCCGCGUUGUCCUCGCACCCAGCUCCCCGUAGAAGGAAUGGAACCUGACAAUAAAAUGCCUUUCAAUAAGCAUCCGAGUGUCCGCGCGAA